AACGGGCGGGGCAGCUGUUGAAAAAGAAGAAGAAGAUGUUGGGACAGGGUAGUCCAUUGCGAUUCACUUCGCAUUCGUCUCGGGUUUCCUCCAGCCGAGAGGUUGAUGAACUUGAAUGUGUUUAACAAUGACGCGAACUAGCGCUUUAAAUUUUCAGGUGCGUGAUGUGACGUGGAUGCUUUUUGCUUCCUUGGAGCUGCUGAACCUGGUCCACGGAGAUAUUCUUCGAGGACUUGUCCCCGCGCAAUGGGGCGAGAGCUACGAUGUCGUGGAUCUGUCGCAUAACUUCAACGAGUGGACGAUAUACUGGGACGACAACGGGUACUACAAGCUGAACGUGACCAUCUACAAUGCCACGAGUUCUGGAUGGUUCCAAGAGGACGUAAUGGAAGAAGCCAUACAUGGCGGAACCCACCUGGACUCACCAGUGCACUUCUACAAGGGUGGGUGGGACGCCACGCAGAUACCACUGAACAGGUUGAUGUUCCUGCCAGUGGCAGUCGUGGACGUGAGGGAGCAAGUUGCCCAGAACCCCGAAUAUAUGCUCUCUGUGGGCGACAUACUGCUCUGGGAGGAAAGGAAUGGUCAGCUUCCGAGCGGGUGUCUCUUCGUGGCUCACACCGGACAGUCUAAGCACUGGCCAAACCGCACCGCAUAUAUGGGCAUCGACGCCAACGGUGACAAGCAUUUCCCAGCCCUGCAACCGGAGGCGGCCUCCUACCUGGCAACGCAACGGAGUGUGUACGGCGUCGGUGUGGAUACACCUUCAGUGGACGCGGCUCCUGACGAUGCCGCGCACCGGGCAGUCUCCGCCGCAAACAUCUUCAUCCUCGAGAACCUCGUGGGCCUGGAGAAGCUGCCGCCAAGAGGAGCUUACGCAAUCGUUCUGCCGCUCAAACUGGACGGCGCCAGCGGUUCGCCCGUACGAGUGGUUGCUCUGGCGCCGCCAUAGCAUGCGUGUACUUUUUUUUGCACUCUGAAUGAAGGUCGCGCCAUUACGCUAAAACUGAUUCAGUGUUAGAUCAAGCAGUUUGUUAAGUGGCGAUUCUACGGGAACUUGGCCAUUCAGCAUUACAGGAUAACACAGUGUUUGGCGUGUCGUAUACUAUCAUUCGGUGUGGUAUUCUGUUGACUUUGAGACGUGAUUUUGUGUAGAGUCAAGACACAUGUCUUACAAAAAGAACACGCAUGAUGUUGCCAUGAUAACACCAGAGCAGUUCUUUCACCUGUUCCUGCACUCCAUCACAAAGCAGAGCAAUAAUUGUUCUGAGAGUUUUGAAGUUGAUGUUUAGAGCAUUUAAUGACCUGCUGCAGUGAUUCAUUGGUGAAGAGGUUUUCCUGCCGAAGACAAGGUCACUGGUUCAACUCCAGACAGCACUGGCUACACUGCAGUGAACGCGAUGUGCAAAAGUUCUCGGGUACCUAGGUUUGGAUGCCAGUCGUAAACAACUCUAUGCCAUGAAGCUUAAUCUGAAAUACUCUACAACGACGGAGCACUUGUAUGUGUUGCUUAAGGGUGAUGAACUCUAGGUGCUGCUGUAAUUUUUAUUCCAGUGUCAAUGCAUAAUACUUUAGGCGAGCAAACUGCGUAUUGCAAUAUGUUUACUUGUUUUCUGCAUUAAGUCUGCAGUAAUAUGUAGCUUGCUGAUAAUAAUAGCUAAUGUUGUUAAUGUGCAGCUUGUUGAACAGUCUAAGCUUUCAUGACUUUUCCAGAGUGUGGUGUCACCAUUUC